CACAGGAAUUAUUCUUUACAGACCUCUGAAAGACUGCCUUCUAACCCAAAGAACAGUUACAGGAAAAUAACUAUCCCCACCCCAACCCUGACAAGCCAGGAAGUGUUCUUUUAACCCCAGGCAUGACAAAAGCUCUUGUGAAUGACAACCCCUUCACCCAGUUAAGAACACAGGCUCUGAAAGAGGAAGGCAAAUCCAGGUUUGGAUGCUGGUUAGAUAUGGAUAAGUCACUUAGCCUCUCCCAGCCUUGGUUUUCCCAGUUCUGGCUUCAUGUUGAUGACCGGAAAGAAAACCUAGAGGGCUUCGUGAAGACUUCCCUCAAGUGCCCACCUGCCGAUGGUAAUCCUUGUGUAUUUGCUGUGAGUUGUGAGUGCUGUACAGCCAAAGGUUUGGAACUUACUCAAGUGACCGUGGUUGAUCCUAGCCUCCAGGUGGUCUAUGAUACAUUUGUGAAACCAGAUGAAGAAGUCAUUGACUAUAACACCAGGUUUUCUGGUGUUGAAGAUGACCUGAGGAACACUAGAAUAUCGAUCCAGAUGUCCAAGCCACCCUGUUGAACCUGUUCAGUGCUGACACCGUACUAAUUGGACAUAGCUUUGAACAGAGUCUGUAUGCUCUUAAGCUAAUUGCUAUUUCAGUUGUGGACGAGACAGUUCUGUUUCCUCAUCGGCGAGGUUUGCCUCACAAAAGAUCCCUCUCGUCUAGUGGCUGACCACCUGCAGAGAAUCAUUCAGGACUGUGUCCUGCCAGCUGGAGUCCCCACCCACCGCACUACGGGCAUCUCACCGACACAGCUGGAGGGCGGGAACUUG